GGUUGUUGGCCUCCCCGCCCCAGAAACCCCUGCAAGGCGGCUGAGAAACAGCGCAGAGAAGUCGAACCGGGAGUCCAGAUGGGGAAGAUCGACACACUCAGUCAGAUGUGGACGAGGUGACCAAGAAGUUUGAGGACUGUGCAGAUGCUACGCCACGGAGCUGUUCACCUUCAUGAGCAGAGAGCAGCUGUACACUGAGAAACUUAUGGAUUUUGUGCGGAAGCAGGUGUCGAUGUUGAACAAGAGUGGCCAGUCUCGAGGAAUGCUCCACUAUUGAGAAAAAUGAAUGAAUCCCACGUGAGGCCCGCUGUUUGGAAUGUCGCUGGAAGAGCACGGCAAGCUGAGCAAGAGAGAGGUGGCGCUGGUCAUACAAGACUGCGUGGAGGCUCUCAGGGACGGCUGUCUCGACACAGAGGGACUCUUCCGUAUUGCCGGCAGUGCUACUAAAGUCAAGUUCCUCAAAAAUUCGUUCAAUGCACAUCAGAGGAACGCGAAGGACCACGACCCGCACACAGUGGCCGGGUGUCUGAAGAGGUACCUCCGUGAGCUGCCUGAACCCAUCCUCACCUAUGAGCUGUACGCCGAGUUCAUGUCCUCCGUCCAGUUGGCAGAUACUAGCACAACAUUGCAGAAGAUGAAGGACCUUCUGUCGCAACUCCCUCCGUCUCACAACGCAACUCUAAAAUACCUACUGGCCUUCCUGCAUGAGUUUGCGCAGUACCACGAGAUGACAAAGAUGACGACGGGGAACAUUGCCAUAGUGAUGGGCCCCAACCUCCUCUGGCCCGAGGGCGACAUGUCAGAGGACGCUGCUGCAGUUGUAAGUGACACUGCGGUACAGCGUCGAGUGGCUGAACUACUGAUAGACAAGGUCCACUGGUUUUUCCCAGAUCUCCCCGACACCCCCACCCCAGCUCCCCCCAUCAAACAGGCCACCCACGUCUCCUCUCACGGGGUUAACCCCUCCGGAGUCUACACCCCCACAGGCCCGCUCUCCUCCUACGGAACUCCGCCCCCCACAUCCCCGAGCCCGGCUGACUCCACCCCCUCUUCCUCCACCUCCUCUUCCAUCACCGAGGACCUCCAGUCGAACACCUCACCUUCUCAAACCACGCCCCCUCUCCACAUCACUCAUGAAACCCUGGCCGAGAUGCGAUCGUCCUCUCCCAAGCCAGCGAACGUAGCGCCCCCCCCGAUCAGACCAAGGCCGUACCGAGGUUCGGGACCCAUGAGUAGUGGGCAGCAGACUCCGCCCAGUCCCUCUCCUCGCAGUGGGAGCUUCACUCGUCCUGCCAGCAGCGAGAGCUUCACUCGUCCUGCCAGCAGCGAGAUUUCAAACUGUAUGCCAGUGGACCCUACGGAUGACAUUGGGGAAGAUAUAGGAGGUAAUUGGGUCACGUUUUUCUACACCAACAAAGUGUUCUCUAAAACGUUUGGAUGAUUGUGGUGGUUGUUGUUGUUGUGCAGGGAGUUUGGCAAACCAGAGGCCAGAGGAGCCAACGAUCAAAACACCUCCCCAAGUAAUACCACGGAAGAAGAAACCGGACCCCUGGGAGUCACCCAAAGUGGGCGGAGUCUCCACCAGUGUCUCCGGCAACGGGGGGGAGAAGAGGCCCACGAAGGGUCCGAGUCGGAGAGCUCCACCCCCUCCUACCUCCAAGAAACCAGGUGCAGCACGGCAACUGUCAAAUGAAGAGGUCAGCACCUUAUGACCGCCAGACAACCAUUAUAACCCCACUGACGAGUGAAAUUGUCUGAAAUUGUCGUGCACAUGACUGGUUUGUUUAUGAGUGUGUAUAGGGUCACAUUGAACCUGUGUUAUAGUAUUUUGACAUCACGUGAUCUUGAGUUGUACAUAUUACGUCGUUUUAAAAUUAAUUGUUACGCGCAUGCGCACCUAGUGAAUUCUAUUUCAUGCCCACCCACGUUUUCGUUGGUGUGGUGCAAGAACUCCGAGCUGAGGCUCUAUUAUAGGCCGGUGUGGAGUGCAUUUAUGUGCAUGAUUACUGCUGGCCUCACCUCAGUGUACGGGGCGCGAGCUCUGCUACGAACAAUCGGCGGUCGGGCUAGGAGACUCGUCAACACAUCGAGUAGUUCAGGCGAUAUGUCAGCCUCUUCCUCCAAGAAUCAGAAGAUCAAGUCAUCGUCUAUCGCCAACUGCCACCUCCAGGUCCUGGGCACAGGCGGAGGGGAGCUGCAACCGUCCCUCUUCCUCUUCACGGACUCCAAACGCUACCUGUUCAACUGCGUGGAGAACGUCCAGCGGUUCUGCAACGAGUACCGAGUCCGGCAGAGCAAACUGAGCAACUUUUUCAUCACCCGCAUGACCUGGGACAACGUCGGAGGGCUCCCUGGACAGCUACUCCAGUUUGCCAACUUCUUCGAUGUCGAUAAACUGAACCCGAUUCGACUCCACGGUCCUGAAUCCUUGGCCGACUUUGUGUACUGUUCCCGCUUCCACGUGAACUCUGGCAAGAUUGUUCUGGAAACCGGCGACCGAGUGGAGGAGAUUGCAGGCCACCGUCUUCCCGUAUACCGUGAUGAGAACAUUGCAGUGCACACCCUGAACAUAUCUGCCUCUCCUCCCAGCUCCCCACUUUCCUCGGAGACAGAGUCUGACAAUGACGACGGUGCACUUGCCCCAAGACCUCCAAAGAUACCCAAAAUCUCAUCCCCUCGAAACUCUAUCUCUGUUUUCCUUUGCAAGCUUGCCGACGUACCGGGUAAGUUUAACCCCCAGAAGGCCACCGAGCUGGGACUCCCCAAAGGGCCAAGCUACCGUGCUCUUGUAAACGGUCAAAGUGUGACUGCUCCAAACGGAACUGUCAUCCACCCUAGCGACGUUCUGGGACCCACUAGGAUCGGACCGACCUUCAUUGUACUAGAGUGUCCUCACCAGCGAUACGUCCAAUCCCUCACCUCACACCCUAUGCUCCAGAAAGAGAGGUUCGAUUCGUCUGGCGAGUGUGUGUCUCUGAUAGCACACAUGACACCAAGAUCCGUGCUGGAGAGAGAGGAGUACUGCCAGUGGAUGGCAAGUUUUGGACCCGCCACAAAACACCUACUCCUUCACAGGACUCUAUGUCCUCACGACUGGACACUGAGGGGGCUCCUGAAAACACACGGCCCCCUGAAUCUUCUGGACCCCUCUCUCUUCAGGGAGUAUUCCCAGUGCUCGGCAGAGGACAAAGUACCCUCCACUGACGACCUCAAGAUUUUAAAGUUUUUACCUCGAGAGAGUGUGAUUGUGGGGAGGACCCUGUUAGAGUAUCAUCUGAAGCCCGUACAGAGAGAGGGAGUGGACGAGAGCCAUGUCCUGAAACCCUUUGCAUCGUACUGGGAGGAACACAUGUCCCACGUCAGAUCCAGUCCCGAAAUAAAAAAGGCUGUGGGAAAACUUUCAGACGCAAGAAAAGUCUCAAGUGCAGCUGCUGUUCCCCCAGCAUCGGAAGGUUCUGGGGAUUGUGUCACGUUUCUUGGAACCGGGGCCAGCUGUCCAUCUAAAUAUCGCAAUGUCAGCUCCAUCCUCCUUCAGACCAGUGCAAGCGGCAACGUGUUGUUUGACAGUGGAGAGGGAACGCUCGCUCAGCUGUACCGCCAUUUUGGUUCCUCCGAGGGAGACCGAGUUCUCGCUGGACUCCAGACCAUCUUCAUUUCCCACAUUCACGGAGACCACAAUCUGGGCAUCGUGUCUCUUCUCCUUAGGCGAGCUGAAAUUCUGCGGCAACACGGGAAGCCAUUGUCCACCGAUGAAACAAUGCAAACACCUACAAGGGUAGUUGGGCCGAGAAAAGUUGGCUGGUGGCUCAAAGACUAUAGCAGGAGAUGUGAAAACCUAUACUAUAACUUUAUUGACUCGAGCACGCUGACCAAGGGAGGUAGCUUGCACCCGGAGAUGACCUUGCAGACUGUACCAGUCAUCCACUGCCCGGAAUCGUAUGGAGUGGUGGUGAGCCAGGGAAAGAACUGGAGAGUUGUGUACUCGGGAGACACGAGGCCUUGUCCGGCUCUGGUAGAAGCAGGGAAGAACGCAACACUGCUGCUUCACGAAGCCACCCUCGAGGACGGCAUGGUGUGCGAGGCCGAGGAGAAACGACACUGCACCGUCAGUGAAGCGUUGCAAGUCGCGGAGAGGAUGAACCCCGACUUCACAAUUUUGACUCACUUCAGCCAGCGCUACUCCAAGUUUCUCCCCCUCAUUCUCGGCAAAAAGACAAAGUUGAGGUCCUCAGUGUUCCCGGCAUUUGACCACAUGACUGUGGCUCUUUCUGACGUGCACAGACUACCAACCCUGCUCCCUGCCGUCCAAGACAUUCUAGCCUGCACCAAAGACGAUGAUGACAUUCCACUCUCGUGGGGCUGGUGAUUCUUGGUUGUCAUUACCGCUUUGUUUUCGUGUGCGCAUGCGCGAAUAUUUUUGCGCCAAAGUCUGACACGUGACGAGCGGGGACGAAAAUGGCGGAGAGCGUGAUCCCGGGACUGGACGGCGAUCUACCGCCGAACAGGGGCCACCUGCCGGACUCACUACAGCAGACGAAUUUCGGAGCUCCUGGGCAGCCGAUGCCUUCUGGGGAGGGGAGACAGGAUGGGGGAGAGGCUGGUCCACCCUCAUCUGGCCCGGUGGGUGCAUGCAGUGGACAGGGAGUUUUCCAGAUAGUCGACAGUGCACAUGGGGCAGGGCAGUAUCCCCAGAGCAGCAACUAUGACUAUCAGUAUGCACAACAGCAACAGCAAUCGCAGAAUCAACAGCAGCAAGUGUCAAACGAGUCGUCGAGUGCUCCUCCCUCUUCACUCCCUCCCAAUCCCUCCUCCACAUCCUCACAAGCCGCACAACACAUGCACACCUCCUCUGCAUCCGCUAACAACAGUACAGAGUUCAAAUCUUCUUCCUCGUCGGGCCAACCUAAGAGAUUACAUGUCAGCAACGUUCCGUUCCGGUUCCGGGAACCAGACUUGCGCCAGCUGUUUUUUGUGAGUUCCGACCUCUAUGUAUACAAUAGCCAAGCAUAAAAAUUUAUCCGAAAAAAAAAUUAUAUUCAAGAUUUAUGUUCUCGUGAUAUACACUAGUGUCUAUUCUCUUGCAAAAAUUGUUUUCUGUACUGCUGUGUUCUAUUUGUGGAAGACGUUUACUGAACCAUAUUUUCUUCUCUCCUCCCAGGGUUACGGUGAGAUAAUGGAUGCCGAGAUUAUAUUCAAUGACAGGGGUUCGAAAGGUUUUGGAUUUGUCACGUUUGCCAACGGAGAUUGUGCACUAAAAGCCAGGGACGAGCUCAACGGACGAGUGAUAGAUGGGAGGAAAAUUGAAAUUAAUGAGGCCACGCCAAAGACAUCAUCGAGAAGUGGAGGGGGAGGUG